AUGUAAGAACAGUCAGUGUUGAUAGAAUGAUCAAAGCGAGAACUUAAUCUAGAUUCUUAAAUUUGACACUACUAGUGAGAUUUUCAGCUACUGAUGUUACAAACAAAAUAUUGGAGCAUAGAGUUGAGGAAAAGACUUAAACCAGAUUUUUCUUCAAUUAGUUAAAAAUAUGGAUCCUGAAGGAGAGAGACCACAGAUUUGCAAUGUGACACCUUUUCAACAGAUUGUUGCCUCUUGUACUGGGGCCAUACUGACAUCACUAAUGGUGACACCCCUGGAUGUUGUUAAAAUUCGACUACAAGCCCAAAGCAACCAAUUUUACAAAGAUCUCAAAGCUGUGUCAUUAAGCAAAUCAAAUUAUAUAUAUUUCAUCCCAAAAGGAAAAUGUUUUGUAUAUAAUAAUGGACUUAUGGAUCAUCUCUGUAUCUGUGAAGAGGAAGGCAACAAAGCAUGGUAUAAGAAGCCAGGAUAUUUCCGGGGAACAUUAGUAAGGAGAUUAUAUUAUGAUGCAUUUUUGAAAAUCAUUCGAAAUGAGGGAAUUAAAUCUCUGUGGAGUGGCCUUCCCCCCACCUUAGUAAUGGCAGUUCCUGCUACAGUUAUCUAUUUUACCUGCUAUGAUCAAUUAACUGCUCUCCUGAAAUCUAAAUUAGGAGAAAAUGAAAGCCAUAUACCAAUUGUUGCUGGAAUUGUGGCCAGAUUUGGUGCAGUAACUGUAAUAAGUCCCUUAGAAUUGAUAAGAACCAAGAUGCAAUCUAAGAGGUUUUCUUACAAGGAGCUGCAUCAAUUUGUCAGCAAGAAAGUGUCCAAAGAUGGUUGGAUUUCCCUUUGGACUGGCUGGACUCCUACUCUUCUUAGAGAUGUACCAUUCUCAGCAAUGUACUGGUAUAACUAUGAACUUUUAAAGAAGUGGUUGUGUGAGAAAUCUGGUUUAUAUGAACCCACAUUUAUGAUCAACUUUACUUCAGGAGCAUUGUCUGGUUCUUUCGCAGCUGUUGUAACUUUGCCAUUUGAUGUGGUAAAAACACAAAAGCAGACACAACUUUGGAUGUAUGAAAGUCAUAAAAUUUCUAUGCCUAUGUCAACCUGGGCUAUAAUGAAGAACAUUGUUGCUAAGAAUGGGUUUUCUGGAUUAUUUACAGGCCUAACUCCCCGUUUAAUUAAAAUUGCUCCUGCUUGUGCCAUCAUGAUCAGUACAUAUGAAUUUGGAAAGGCUUUUUUCCAGAAAAAAAAUACUCAAAAACAGCAGUAGUGAUGCUGCUUCAACUU